GCGCAGCGCCGCUCCACCAUUUCGCUGCGCUAAGUCUCCUCCCAUGACCGCUACAUUCUGCGCCGAAAGCCCAGGCUCCCCCGGUCCGUAUUUUAACUUCUUCCCGCACGCCGAGUGGUACCUCGUUGGGUACCGGGAGGCGGUUUGGACCACCGGCAUCACGGAUUGCGUGCGAUUUUACACGGAUGACGACUCCUUCAGCGAGAAUUUAGUAAAAGAAAAGUGGUCGGAAAAUUCAGAUCAUGUGGAGAGGACCCUAAUUUCAGCAUCCUGGAAGUAGAAAGCACUGAAGAUCUGUGUCUCACCCCACAGACAGGUGCAACGUGUGGCCGGAGCAGCACCAAGAGAGGAAAGUGUGGGGAGGCGGCAGUGCUGCAGCGUGCCUCUCCGGCUGUGGAUGUGCUGGGUGGCAAACCCCAGGCUGCACAUAAUGUGUCUGGGGAGUCGCCUGGGCAUGUCCCGCAGCCGGCCGCCGCCCCCCGCCCGGUCAGUCAAGUCCUGGCGCCCAGGCCCGAGGGCGGUGACUCUGUGUUUGUGGUCAUGGAGACCGCUCCUUCUACUGCCUUUCCCCAGACGCUCCCCAUCAGCGGCGACGCUAAUCCCCGCGUCUCACAGGGGGUCCGCUCAUCCCUCGCCGAGGACUUCAGGACCCGUAACAGUCCCCUCGCGUCACAUGCACAAAACGACGACGAGGCGCGCGUGUUGCAACACGACUUACAAAUUGCUGCUAAAGAGACACGCCUCUCAAAUAGCGAGACACAUCAAAUCCAGCCGCAAGCGGGCGCGGGAGUUGUGCUGGUCGCGGCGGCGCACAAGUGCAACUCUGAAAACGGAACAGGCGUGGAAUUCCAAUCGUACACAGGUGGAACUAUUAUCCCGCAAGCGCAAGUUCAGAUCUGCUUCACGGCCUCAUCCUUCUCUGGCGCUGGAGAGCACGGCGCUACCGAUCAGACGGCGCCAGCGAGCGCUGCCCAGGACUCCGCCGCUUCGUGGAACUGCAGCGAGCAAGUUGACCUGCCGCCAGUCACGGGUCAGCUCAGGCAGGAUGUUAACGAUGCAGAUGAGCACUCCUACAAAGCUAAAACAACAAACACAGGAGAACUACCGACUGGACCUGGCUCAGGCUCUCCUGCUCCAGCCUUGUCCAACAGGACUACGGCCAGACAAGACGCAGAUAUCCCGGCAGGUGGUUUGAGUGCGACUUCCUCCAAGGACCUGGCGCUCUCUGACCUUGUAGUGUCUCAGCCCUGCCACCAGUUCCCGCUGACGGAGACUCCCGUGUUCGCCGAGCUGGUGCAUUCUGCCCAGUCGCAGGAGAUUGUGGUGGUGAGCGAGGCCUCGUGGUCCAACGUGCACCUAAAGCAGAGUUACCUGCUACAGCACGCCGACGGCAGCGUGUGCGAGGCGGCCAUCGUCACCGGCCACGCGCCCGCCGAGGCCAAGCUGUACCAAGACGGCGCUCAGGCCGACAUGGACCUGAGCGCCCAAAACGUGGAGGUGUACCAGUUCUGUGACCUGGUGGAGGAGGUCGCCGCCGAGGAAACGGUGUGCGUGAGCACCAGCGUGCAGAUACCCCACUCCCCGGGCUACGAGGUCAACCUCUUCAACGCUCUGUUGGACUCCAACGAGGGCCUGGACUCGCACCUGCAACCUUCUAUUCACACGAUGGACGACAGCGACACGCUCAUCAUUUCCCAGCAGGACUUGCCUUCGUCACAUGACGCGGUCGCUGCCAUGGGACAACAUCUGCUCUUAGACGCCAGCUCCAACCAGGUCUGCUUGGUGGAAGUGGACCCCUUUCCCCUCCAGCAGACCGACACUCCAACGGCAUGUUUGCAGGCGAGUGGCGAAGCAUCGCCGGCCGACACUGCGGAAGGCGAGGCGACGGAACGCUGCAUCACACCACAGAGUCCUGCAGGUACCAAAGAAGAUCCACCUGAGGACCCAGCAAGGAUUAUUCAUCCAGAACCAGUCCUGGAGCACCCACAAUCCCCUCUGGCACAGGUGUCCGAGCAAAACGUGGACCCCGAAGAGUGCCUUGCCGACGGUUCUUCCCACUCAAAUGUAACAAAGCCCCCCGCCGGCCAAUCAGAAGCCUUAACCGGCACCAGAACUUCAAGUAGCGACGGGCCAUCUUCCUCCAGUGCCACGCAGCCCGACUCCCCCUUUGUGGAGGAGGAGGAGGAGGAGGAGGAAGAAGAAGAAGAAGAAGAGGAGGAGGACGACGAUGAAGCGAUGGUGGACGCGGAGGCCAUGGACGACGCAUCAGGACAGGUCAGCAGCGCAGACGAAGGCAGCGAGGACGACGCAGACAGACCAGACGGGGAAAUGACGACUUCCCGCUCGUUACAUGAACAUGGACAGAGCAGGACGGACAGACAGGCACUGUUCCGAAAGGUGAGCAAGUGGAUCGCAGACAGGAUCUCGCCCUCGACUUCCUCCUCCUCCCAGCUGGAACCCUCGCCCGGCAGUGAUUGGACCUCCUCCCGCCUAGACAAGUCGUCCCCUCUCCGGGGGCCUCACGGCAAGUUUGUAUCCCCCUCGUCCGCAGGGGGCUACAGCUCCUCCUCGUCGCCGCUGGAUCAGUCCACUCCUCAGCGACCUCGCGGAGAGCGACGCGGCAACAUGGUGGAGUUGGCCAAACACGAGGCCGACAUCGAGCACCGCACUCUGUCGCUGAAGCGGGAAGGUUGCUGGUCCACCAAGCGCCUGACUCGCCUGAUGGAGCCGCCGCGGCCCAAAGUGCAGUGGGACUACCUGUGUGAGGAGAUGCAGUGGCUGUCUGCAGACUUUGCCCAGGAGAGGCGCUGGAAGAGAGGAGUGGCUCGAAAGGUGGUCCGAAUGGUGAUGCGACACCACGAAGAAUUGAGGCAGAAGGAGGAAAAAGCAAAGCGAGACGAGCACGCUAAAAUCAGGAGGGUGGCUUCUUCUAUUGCCAAGGAAGUGCGAGCUUUUUGGAGCAAUGUGGAGAAGGUGGUCCAGUACAAGCAGCAGUCUCGGCUGGAAGAAAAGAGGAAGAAAGCUUUGGACCUUCAGCUGGACUUCAUUGUGGGACAGACCGAGAAGUACUCGGACCUCCUCACCAAAUCCCUCGCUCCCACCAGCCGCCCUGAAGCAGCCCCGUCGCUUUCCAAAACAUCCACGCCCGCUGCUGUCGAUGAAGAUGACCGGGACUUUGAGCCUCCGUGUGAGGAGGACGACGACGAAGAGACCAUGGAUGUGGAGGAGCAGCAGGACGGCAAUGACGCCGAGAGCCACCGCAAGGAGAUCGAACUGCUGAAGGAGGAGAGCACGCUGCCCCUGGAUCAGCUGCUCAGCACACUACAAAAAUCUCAGGUACUCCAAGACACUUUGAAGUCCCAAAGUCAAAUGUCGUAUAGAGAGGAUCUUGAACCCUUGGAUUGUGCAGAAGCUGGUUUGGAUGAAGAAUGCUCGGAUGACUCCUCGUCAGCUGGGCAAGAAGAAGAGGAAGACGGAGAAUUCACUGCCAAUGAGGAGGAUGCUGAGGAUGAGGAGGACACCAUUGCCGCCCAGGAGAAGGUGGAGGGGGACGUGGACCAUGCAGAAGAACUGGAUGACUUGGCCAAGGAGGGAGAUCUGACCAUGGAGGAGCUGCUGGAGAAGUACAAAGCGGCGUACGCCUCUGACUUCGAGGAGCCCUCCGCCUCCGGCUCCAAGGCAAGCUCGGAUUUGGAGGCGUCCGGUGAUGAAGAGUUGGAGAGCGAUGAAGCUGAGAGCGAUGUGGAAAGCCACACCUCCUCCUCGGACUCUGCAGGAGACAGUGAGGAGGAGGAGGAGGACAGUGAGAAGGACAAAGUGGAGAUUGAGGAAGAGGACGGCGGGAUGGAGAUCUUGCUAAAGGAAGGAGAUCACAGCCCGUCCUCGUCCAGCUCACGACCGAAGAAAGAGAUCAGUCACAUUGCAGCCACUGCAGAGAGCCUGCAGCCUAAAGGCUACACCUUGGCCACCACCAAGGUCAAGACCCCCAUCCCUUUCCUGCUUCAUGGCACGCUGCGUGAAUACCAGCACAUCGGACUGGACUGGCUGGUCACCAUGUUUGAGAAGAAGCUUAAUGGGAUCCUGGCUGACGAGAUGGGUUUGGGCAAGACCAUCCAGACCAUCGCGCUGUUGGCGCACCUCGCCUGUGAAAAAGGUAACUGGGGCCCUCAUCUCAUCAUCGUGCCCACCAGUGUGAUGUUAAACUGGGAGAUGGAGCUGAAGCGCUGGUGUCCUGGCUUCAAAAUCCUCACGUACUUUGGUAGUCAGAAGGAGAGGAAGCUGAAACGACAGGGUUGGACCAAGCCCAAUGCUUUCCACGUUUGCAUCACCUCCUACAAGCUGGUACUGCAGGAUCACCAGGCCUUCCGACGCAAGUCCUGGCGCUACCUGAUCCUUGAUGAAGCGCAAAACAUCAAGAACUUUAAGUCGCAACGCUGGCAGAGUCUGCUCAACUUCAACAGUCACCGACGUCUGCUGCUGACAGGAACUCCUCUGCAGAACAGCCUGAUGGAGCUGUGGUCCCUGAUGCACUUUCUGAUGCCCCACGUCUUCCAGUCCCACCGCGAGUUCAAGGAGUGGUUCUCCAACCCGCUGACGGGGAUGAUCGAGGGCAGCCAGGAGUACAACGAGGGCUUGGUCAAGAGGCUGCACAAGGUGCUCAGACCCUUCCUGCUCAGGAGGAUCAAGGUUGACGUGGAGAAGCAGAUGCCCAAGAAGUACGAGCACGUGGUGCGAUGUCGUCUCUCCAAGAGGCAGCGCUUCCUCUAUGACGACUUCAUGGCACAGGCCUCGACCAGGGAGACCCUGGCCAGCGGUCACUUCAUGUCCGUCAUCAACAUCCUCAUGCAGCUCCGUAAAGUCUGCAACCACCCCAACCUGUUUGACCCCCGGCCCAUCCAGUCGCCCUUCAUCACCAAGCCCAUCGUUUUUCACACCGCCUCCCUGGUGCUGGACGCCGUGGAGGUGUCACCUCAGAAGCGCUGUGACCUUUCUAUCUUUGACCUCAUUGGCCUGGAGGGCCGCGUGACCCGGUACCAGGCGGACACCUUUGCGCCCAACCACGAAGUCAGUCGCCAGCUAAUCCAGGAAAUAGUGGAGUCUCCCGCCCCCCCGCCGAGACCCAGACAGAUCCGCAUGAAAGUCAACAGGUUCUUCCAUCCGCCUCCUAAAGGUGACAACCGUUCAGCCGCGCCAACAAACAAACCCACCUGCUCCGUGCCGCCCGCAGCUCAGGCACCCAAACCUCCAUCCCCUGAGCUCUCAGCUCCACCCACGUCUUCACCGCCUGUUCCUGCACCUGCACCCGCGGUUCAACAAGUCGUGUGUUCGGUAGCGACCACUCCCACUCCCACACCUCGCUCCUCCCUGCCUCAAACGGCUGUGAGGUCCAGCGCUCCCAAGCCAGUACUGACCGUGCGUCCUCCCCCCGCUCCGUGUGCCACCGGCAUACCUGCUCACCCCAGUCCAAACACCAGCAGCAUCAUGCCUCAGAGGGUUCUGCUCAGUCCAGAUAUGCAAGCCAGGCUGCCCUCUGGUGAGGUGGUGAGCAUAGCACAGCUGGCCUCCCUGGCGGGAAGACCGGUGUCGUCGUGUCAGGGCAGCAAGCCGGUCACCUUCCAACUGCAGGGCAACAAGUUGACCCUCUCAGGAGCGCCCAUCCAAGUCCAAGCACCGCCCCCUCGCCCUGUUCAGGGCAGUGUGAUGCACCUGGUGUCCAGCGGGGGUCAGCACCACCUCAUCAGCCAGCCCGCCCAGGUGAGCAUCCAGAGCCCCGCCGGCGCCAAGCCCGUGCCUGCAACCACCCCUGCACAGCGCCCGCCCCUCAGCGCUUCUCAAGUGCCCUCCUCGUCCGUGGUGAGCAGCCCCGGCGUGGUGAAGAUCGUCGUGCGUCAGGCACCAGGCAAGGAGGGGGGGCCCGUGCCCACCCUGGCCGUGGCCCCAUCGCCUCGUGUGACUUCCCUGCACCCCCACCCAAAAACCGCCCCUAUUCGGAUCGCGGCGACGCAGCAAGUCGCCCAGCGCACCCCCGGUCCUGCCACCGCCACCUACACUCUAGCUCCUCCCAGAACCUCCAACACCACCCCAAACCAGUCCCAUCCCCCGCCCCCCAUUGUGAAAAUAGUCCAGCCUCCUCCGCCUUGCACAGAGAAGCCAGCUUCCUCCUCGGCUUCAGCGGAGGCCUCGUCAUCGGCAGUGACCAGCACCAAGUCCAGCGCAGCCGCCGCCACCACCACGCCGGCCCCCAGCAGCAGUCAGACUCCAGUUGGUGCCAAGGAGAAAGCCAAAGUUCAGCCUCUCCCCAGAAGAGCACCUCGUCCACCUGCCCGCUCCCCUUUCUACAUUCCGUCGCUGGCACACAGCCUCAAGCGGCAGCGUGAAGACAAACUCGACUCCAUCUUCAGAAUCAACCAGCGCCGCUGUGCUGCGCAGCCCGCGUACGGCAAGGAGGUCCUGGACUUCCUGACGUUUCUGCCCGGCCCCCGGCCCUCGCCGGCCGCCCUGCGCCCCGCCGUGGCCGAAUGGGGUCGCUCGGGCCACAGCAGCUGCUCGCUGUCACAGGAGCGACACAAGGUGGACUUCUGGUGUCACAGCCACUUCGUAAGAGACGCCAUCCACAGCAUUGAGGAGAGGCUGGAGCUGCUCACGGACAUCGUGGACCGGUUUACGUUUGUGAUCCCGCCAGUGGAAGCCGCUCGCAUUACCAUGCACUCCUGCCACCCUCCUCCCUCUCUGAGCCACAAGGAGGCGGUGUUCUCCUCAGCGCUCUCGGAACACGUCACUCCGCUGACUCGCAGCCUGCAUCGCGUCCAGUGCUACAUGCGCACCCAGUUCCCCGACCUACGCCUCAUCCAGUAUGAUUGUGGGAAGUUGCAGACGCUCCACUUGUUGUUGCGCAAUCUGAAGACGGGCGGCCACAGAGUGCUGAUCUUCACCCAGAUGACUCGCAUGCUGGACAUCUUGGAGCAGUUCCUCAACUACCACGGACACAUCUACCUGCGGCUGGACGGCAGCACCCGAGUGGAGCAAAGACAGGCCCUCAUGGAGCGCUUCAACGCCGACCGACGGAUCUUUUGCUUCAUUCUGUCCACUCGCAGCGGUGGUGUGGGCGUGAACCUGACGGGUGCGGACACGGUCGUGUUCUAUGACAGUGACUGGAACCCGACCAUGGACGCUCAGGCCCAGGACCGCUGCCACCGCAUCGGCCAGACUCGAGACGUGCACAUCUACAGGCUCAUCAGUGAGCGCACCGUGGAGGAGAACAUCCUGAAGAAAGCCAACCAGAAGAGGAUGCUGGGAGAUAUGGCCAUUGAGGGAGGAAACUUUACCACUGCCUUCUUCAAACAGCACACAAUCCGUGAGCUGUUUGAUGUCAACGACGGCGAGAAGAAGGAGGUAGCAGUGGAAGCGCCCGUGCCUCACGCGGAGGAUGAGGAAGCUGCCAACAAACCGAGCACCACCAUCCUGGAGCAGGCGCUCUGUCGUGCUGAGGACGAGGAGGACAUCGUCGCUGCCUCUCAAGCCAAAGCCGAGCAGGUGGCAGAGCUGGCGGAGUUCAACGAGAACAUUCCACUAGAUGACGGAGGGGAACAAGAAGAAGUGGAGGAGCUCUCCAAGGCCGAGCAGGAAAUAGCUGCUCUGGUGGAGCAGCUCACUCCCAUUGAGCGCUACGCCAUGAACUUCCUGGAAGCCUCCUUGGAAGAUGUUUGCAAGGAGGAGUUGAAACAAGCAGAGGAGCAAGUAGAGGCUGCCAGAAAGGGUCUGGACCAGGCCAAGGAAGGCCUCCGACUACAUGCGUCCUUCGGUGAAGAUGGGGACUUUCUGUCCGCCGCAGCCUCUGCGGAGCCUACUCAGCCUACUCCUGCCCGGCGAGGCCGCAAGCCCAAAGACAAAAGCAAGACCGUCGCCUCCACAAGAACCAGCGGUCGUCUGCGUGGGGCCUCGCCUGAAACCGAGCCCACAGUGCACGCAGAAGUGCCAGAAAGAGUCCGUGUUGGUCUUAGAGGACGCGGUGCCCUUAAAGACUCUAGUUCCCCGUCUCACGCCAACCCUUCAAAGACCACAACAGUCAGGCUCCAGGAGUCUUCUAAAUCUUUGAAAGCCUCGUCUCCCGCCAGAGAUCAGCAGCCCGGCAAAAACAAGCCUCAAGCCAGUCCUGUGCCUUCCUCGCCGUCUACGUCCUCCUCUGGCGGCAAGCAGCAGAGUGUGUCCGAGACCCCCAGAAGAAACAAAGAGGAGCCCCUGGAGGAAAGCAGGCCUUCUGAGUCAUCGCUGGAGUCCAUCAGCCAAGUGGAGCACGAAGCAAGAGAUGACUGCAAAGACCAAAGCGCCAUGUCUCCGCCGUCCACGAGCUGUCGCUCACCUCGCAAGCGGCAGACAGCCGACAGCGAAGUCUUGCGGGGCUUGGUCGAUGACUCGCCAUCGGCCAAAGUCCUGCGGAAGCUUCCGGGUCGACUGGUCACGGUGGUGGAAGAGAAAGAGCCGAAGAAGAGGAAAUGGCGAGGAAGCAGUACUGGAGGUUCUUCAGAAGAGGCCUCACUGGAGGAGAACACCAGUGGACCUGUGGAGGAACCAAAUAAAGACAGUCCAUUUUCAGUAGCUGACAGUAGUUCUAAAGACAUUCUGACCAAAUCCCCUCAGAACCAAAUCUCCACCCAAAGUCCACUUGUAUAUCAUCAACCUGUCAGAGCCUAUCCUCCAUAUUCCCCUCCCCAUCUGUCUCCUGACAUGCCCGUACUGAGGAACCUUCCCGUACGCCGCAGGUUGGAAACUGAAUCCCGCAUGGCGGCUCAGCUGGGAGAGCUGCUGCAUGCGGGUCGGGGGAGAGGUGCCAACCAGCACAAGAAAGUGGACUCUUCUCCAGGCAAAGAAACCGCUUCUCCUGAUGCCAUCAAUUCUCAUAUGGCACCUUUGAAAAGGAAGAGGGGACGGCCCCCUAAAUGUCCCCCAAAGUUGCCCGACUUCAACAACACAACGUCUCCUCCAACUUCACAACCCGUCUCACCAAGUGAGGAUGGGGACGCCCCCCUUUCCCCAAAACGCAAGCGUGGUCGCCCGCGCAAGGAUUCCGUAAAUACUCCAGACAUUGUUUGUGACGGACCGACAACUAAAAACGUCACGCCCUCUGCAGAUCCAUCCAGUGUUUCCAAACUGGACGCUAGUGAAGAAUCAACGGUCCCAUCGGACCAGAAGUCAGAGGACGCUGAUCAGGACUUCCUGUCUACCAAAGCUGAAGAACUAGACUCCAAGACCGAACAGUCUGCAUUACCAACCAGUCAAACUUCAGUCCAAGCUGCCACUGAAGUCUCCAUAGAAUUCAUAGACCCACACACCACACCAAACCGGGUUAUUUCUGUCCCUGAAGGCAACAGUCCUACAGGUUCUUCACCACCUGUCAGCCUCGUCUCGUCACCACCUCCAGUAUCUGAUCUUUCUGGACCUCCUGAAGCUCUAUCAGACUCUGCCAAAACCACUUGUGGUGCCACUGCAGCUGCUGCCACUCUUUCACCGACAUCAUCUUCUUGCACGACGGUAGAAACGCCACCAACAUCUUCUACAAGGCCUGUAGAAGCGGCACCAACGUAUUCUAGCACGCUGGUAGAAGCGGCACCAACGUAUUCUGCAACGGCUGUAGAAGCUACACAAACGUCUUCUGCAACGCUGGCAGAAGUUACACCGUCUUCUUCUACAACGCUGGUAAUAGCUACACCAACGUCUUCUACAACGCUGGUAAUAGCUACACCAACGUCUUCUACAACGCUGGUAAUAGCUACACCAAUAUCUUCUACAAGGCUGGUAGAAGCUACACCAAUAUCUUCUACAAGGCUGGCAGAAGCUACAUCGUCUUCUACAACGCCGGCAGAAGCUACACCAACAUCUUCUACAACGCCGGCAGAAGCUACACCAACAUCUUCUACAAUGCCGGCAGAAGCUACACCGUCUUCUACAACGCCGGCAGAGGCUACACCAACGUCUUCUACAACGCCGGCAGAGGCUACACCAACGUCUUCUACAACGCCGGCAGAAGCUACACCAACGUCUUCUACUAUGCCGGCAGAGGGUACACCGUCUUCUACGACGCCGGCAGAAGCUACACCGACGUCUUCUACAACGCCGGCAGAAGCUACACCAACGUCUUCUACAACGCCGGCAGAAGCUACACCAACAUCUUCUACUGCGCCGGUAGAAGGUACACCACCGUCUUCUACUGCGCCAGUAGAAGCGGCACCAACGUUUUCUAGAACACUGGUAGAAGCGGCACGGUCUUUUACAACUCUGGUAGAAGCGGCACCAAGGUCUUCUACAACGCUGGUAGAAUUGGCACCAACAUCUUCGACAACUCUGGUAGAAGCAGCACCAACAUCUUCUAGAACGCUCGUAGAAGCAGCACCAACAUCUUCUAGAACACUGGUGGAAGCGGAACCAGCAUCUUCUGGAACGCUGGUAGAAGCAGCACCAACAUCUUCUGGAACGCUGGUAGAAGCAGCACCAACAUCUUCUAGAACGCUGGUAGAAGCAGCACCAACAUCUUCUAGAACGCUGGUAGAAGCAGCACCAACAUCUUCUAGAACGCUGGUAGAAGCAGCACCAACAUCUUCUGGAACGCUGGUAGAAGCAGCACCAACAUCUUCUGGAACGCUGGUAGAAGCGACGCCAACGUCUUCUACAAUGCUGGUAGAAGCAGCACCAACAUCUUCUACAACACUGACCUCAGAACCUGACGCCUCCAACCCAUCAUGCCAGGCGGAGGCUGAGGAGUCUCACCAAUCCUCUGCUCCACCAGUCACCUCCAACCCAUCAUGCCAGGCGGAGGCUGAGGAGUCUCACCAAUCCUCUGCUCCACCAGUCACCUCCAACCCAUCAUGCCAGGCGGAGGCCGAGGAGUCUCUCCAAUCCUCUGCUCCACCAGUCACCUCCAACCCAUCAUGCCAGGCGGAGGCCGAGGAGUCUCUCCAAUCCUCUGCUCCACCAGUCACCUCCAACCCAUCAUGCCAGGCGGAGGCCGAGGAGUCUCUCCAAUCCUCUGCUCCACCAGUCACCUCCAACCCAUCAUGCCAGGCGGAGGCCGAGGAGUCUCUCCAAUCCUCUGCUCCACCAGUCACCUCCAACCCAUCAUGCCAGGCGGAGGCUGAGGAGUCUCUCCAAUCCUCUGCUCCACCAGUCACCUCCACCCACCAUUUAGCGACCUUCUCAAGCCAAGUGGAGGACUCUUGUGAACCGGCAGAAGCAGACCGCACCUGUCUACCAAACACCGAGACGAUGUGGAACCCAAGCCAACUACCCACCUCACCAACUGUCAUGGCCUCUGCUGUAGAUGCUCAUCCAUCAUCUCCACUUUCUAACGCACCUUCGCCAACAACUGCCCCACCUUCUCCAACCUCCCCUCCCCCCUCAGCAGACACGCCCCCAAACGACGCCCCAACGACAUCGUGUGUCCCGUGUGACGAUACGUCUGCCGCAUCAUGGGACACAAUGAAGACCAUGACAAGCACCCACGUACCAACAACAUCUAGCAGCGCUGCUCCUCAAACCUCCCCUGUCAUCUCACAAGCACCAACUCCGACCCCUCCUCCAAGUACCGAACCCGAUCCAGCCUUGUCCAAGAAAGACCUGGACCUGACGAAACCGACAACGUUUGAAGACACACAGCAGGACAUGUUGGCAUCACGGAGCAAAAGAAGGAAGGGGCUGCGUUCUCCUAUGGCCAAAGACGUGGAGAAAGAGGGCGUAGUCUUUGAGGACACCAAGAGCGUCUCUCCCCCUGAGGAGCCAUCAAAGGAGGCGCAGCCACCGAGCGAGGAGCACAAGAUGCCCGCUCAGAAAAGGUCUCUCUGUCGUCAGAGUAGCCAGGAGUCCGCUGGCUCGUCGUCGGCGUCCUCUGGCUGCUCCACGUCCACCUUGACUCGUCACGCUCACCACAAGAGGACGUACGAGAACAGACACCCCGGCAAGAAGCGACGGGUAGACGUCACCGCAGAGGCAGAAAUGGAAGGACCCGAGAGGGACCCCGCCACUGCGUCCCCUCAGAGACGGCGCUCCAGGUCUCCUUCGUCCUCCAGCGGCUCGGAAGACGAGGACGACAAGAAGGAGCCCCGCCUGACUCGCUCUGCCAAGUCCCGGCUGCAGGAGCAGAGCGUCAAGCGAGAUGGAAGGACGUUGGUGCGCGCCUCUGACAGCAACGCCAACACAUCCACCGGGGGCGAUUCUGGCAGCGACUCGUCUUCAGUCCGGGUCACCAGGAGGUCAGUGGGGUCUUCUCAGGACAAGAAGGUCCAAUCCACUGCGGCCUCACGUCCUCCUGAGCCGGAGGUGCUGGGCAAGAGGUGCUCGGCCCUCAACGCCGCCGCCAAGCUCCUCGCUAUGAAAGGACGGGUGGACACCCCUGGCCACACGCCCCGCAAGGGUCCUGCUGCGUCCCCUGACCAGAAGAACUUAAAGUCCAAAAGUAAAAGUGUCCUCGUCCCGCAGAACAACUCCGGGAACGUGGACAAUAGUAAGAGUUGCAGCAAACCUUCAACGCCCAAUCAGGCCAGUCGUCCCACGCCGCGCUCCACCCGACAGUGCCCGGGGUCCCUGGUGCCCCCCCUGGAGGAGUACAAGAGGCCUAAACCUGAGGACAAAGAGGGCGGCUGUCGGAAAGCGGCGAAGGGGAAGGAUGGCGAGGCGUCGCGGGGUCAAAGUGCCUGCAGCAGCAUGAGCAGCGACGGCGAGGCGGACGUCGGACAAAGCAGCCGAAGUCGCAGCAGCAGCGGCAGCAGCCGGCGGGCGCACAGCGCCGGCUCCCAGAACGCCGAGCGCAAGACGCUGCGCUCCCGAGCCUCCUCGGGCAGCGACCCCGAUCGCAGCGCCGAGCGGAAGGAGAAGCGGGCCGACAGGCGAGGAAGUCACAGUGAGCGCCGAUCUCUGAAGCUCGUCCAGGACGCCGCGGCUGGGUCAGGGUCCGAGGGCACGCCGGACAGGGUGCUCAGGAGCGUGGCGGCGCUGGCGGCGGUGCAAGCGAGGUCGCCGGCGGCGAGCACGCGCUCCUCGGCCAACCAACAACGCCACAACAAGACAUGAGCGCCAGCACGUGGCGAGGUGUCAACGUCUCGACCUCGUCUGCACUCGACAUCUGGUCCAGGACGCCAGCGCUGCACAAGCCAGGGGCGUCCCGGCGCCUUGGGCCCCUCCCCCUUUACAAAGGAGGUGGGCCGGGGGGCGGCUCAGGAGUGCUGGACUGACUAGUGGGCGGAGCUUGACCACACGAGGGCAAGCUGGUCACGCUUGUGAUGGAGCUGCUUGGCUUUCUUCUACCAAUUAUGAAAUAUGUUUGCACACCUUCCUCAUCAUCAUCAUCAUCAUCUUCAGGUCAAAGGUGCCGAUGAUGUCAUCAUCUCAUCCGAGGCGGUCACUGUUGUGUAUUUAUCGUGCGAGUGCCUCUCGGGUUCUGACCCGGCUUGCCUUGACAAGUUCUUCACUCUGGUCAAGAGGAGCCAAAUCAAGGAAGUGACUUUGUGCUACCAAAUAGUUUCUUUUGUUGUUGACAAGAACUCGGGAAGACUUCAGGAGACUGUGGGCUCACUUGGGGGUGGAGGUUCUGGUGAAGGUCUUUUUUUGUUUUGUUUUGGUUGGUCUUUUUAUUUGUUGCAUUCCUUCAAGCCCUGUAAUUCCACCUUGUUUUACUUGAACACGUCAGACAAGUACUCUUGAAUAAAAAGACCAAAAUGGACUUCUUUGUUGUC